AUGACGCCGCCAUUCCCUUUCACCGAUGAAGCGUGUCCCCAUUGCUGGGACGACUCGGCGAUGGUGGCCCCAUAUCAUCAGUCUGCAGUGCACAAGGAGGAGUGCGCGUACUGUUGUCGAACAUGCCGACACGAAGGUGGGGUGUUAGUGUGUAUGCGCUGUCAUGUUGGACUCUGUCUGGCGCACGUGAGGAAGCACACCUCGAUCCAUUCCAGUCACACCAUGUAUGUCUGGCUCAAAGAGCUUCCGCCCAAGCAGGAAGAGGUAGAGGAAACGAAGGACGUUAACAAGCUUGGUGUUGUGGCGCCGAAAGAGUACGCGAGCGCUGUCUGUUGCGCUGCGUGCUCAAAAGCAUAUGUUGCGCCGCCAGAAUUGGCAGAGGAAUGUUACCAGCGGGUUAUGCACGCCACCUCAACUGGUGCAAAAGAUGCCAUCGAGGCGGAAGGCGGCGAGUUCAUGCGACCACAGUGUCCACACCUGGUCUGCUUGGAGCAGCUCCCAAUAUCUUUCACAAGCGAGCCGUCGUCCACUGAUAAGUGCGUCUUUGACGGUUGUGAGUGCCGACUGAACAACUGGAUCUGUAUGACGUGUGGGGCUAUUGGGUGCCCGCGGAAGGAGGCCGGAGGGAGCGGCCAUGCGUUGCAGCACCACAUAUCCACAAUGCAUCCCGUCGUUCUAAAACUCGGAACGGUGACACCCUCCGGUGCUGAUUUCUACUGUUACUUGUGCGACGACGAGGUCUCUGAUGUGUACUUCGAGGCGCACAUGAAACACUUCGGUAUCGACGUUAAAAAAGCGAAGAAAACGGCAAAAACACUUGGAGAGUUGCAGUACGAUUACUCUUCCCAGUUUGAUUUCAAUCGCAUCACAGAAAGUGGUGAAUCACUUGUCCCUGUAUUUGGGCCUGGACGAACGGGGAUGCAUAACUUUGGUAAUAGCUGCUAUAUGGCAUCAGUCCUGCAGUGUCUCUUCUCCCUGGAGUCCUUCAAGGAGGCAUUUUACCACAAUCGAGAAGCAUUGCACCAGAAGGCGUGCCGUGAAGACCCGUAUAACUGCCGUAGCUGCCAGACGGAGCGCGUUGCCAGCGGCCUGUUGUCAGGUGAUUUCUCUGUGGAGGGCAGAGAGAAAAAUAAUGGCAUCACAGCAAGGGAGUUCAAACGUGUUUUUGCUCAAAAUCACCCCGACUUCUCCACUGCAGAGCAGCAGGAUGCGCAGGAGUAUUUGUUGUACGUACUCGAGCAGAUGCGACGCCAUGUGAAGGUGCCCUAUGAUGUGGGGGCGAGCAGCUUACACCCUUCAGACACAUUUAAGAUGGCAAUAGAGAACCGUAUCCAGUGUUGUUCAUGCCACAAGGUACGUUACACGCAAGAAACAGACUGUUGUCUCUCAUUGCCCAUUCCAAUGGAUCCCCUUGCCAAGAGUGCCAAAAGGGACAAAAAGCUCACAGACGAAGAAAUUGAAGCGAACCGUCCUCGCAUUUCAUUAAAUGAAUGCAUUGAUUCGCUGAUGCGAUCGGUGGACGUUGAGUGCCGAUGCAGUGCUUGCGGGGUUCCAGUCACGUACUCCAAAACUAUCCGCAUGGCAACCUUCCCAGAUAUUCUCUCUAUCUCGCUCCGCCGGGCACAUUUCGAUAUUGAAACAAUGGCAGUAAAUAAACUGGACGUGUUUGUUGAAGCCCCAGAGCAACUNAAUUUAGAGGAGCUCCGCGGCAAAGGCCUUCAAGCUGGUGAGGUGGAGAUGUCUGACACCGACGCGAGCCUCCCACAUAAACCCGCAACGCCAGCAGCGAAGACGGUGGACGAGACAGCGCUUGCCAUCAUGAUGAGCAUGGGCAUUGACGAGGAGAUUGCCAAAUAUGCACUUUUGCAAACUGACAUGAAUACAGAAAGGGCUGUCGAUUACGUAUUCAGUCGAGAAAACAUUACAGAAGAAAUGGCCAAGGCCGCGGGUGCCUCAAAUGUACCAGGAAAUGAGGAGUGCAAAGCAGCGCCUGUUCGCGAUGGGCCGGCAUGGUACCGACUGCACGCUAUGAUUAGUCACAUGGGGGCGAGUGCCAAGACGGGUCACUACGUGUGCCACAUCAGAGACGAAGAAACGGGGCAAUGGCUUUUAUUCAACGAUGAGAAGGUGGCGGAGUCGCGAAGCCCGCCGUUUUCUAUGGCGUCUAUUUACUUGUACAAGAGAUGUGCCAACUAA